AUGCUCGACGGGAUUCUUGGCCGUGGAUUCAGUGUCAAAUGUAAAUCUCUUAUGAAGACGACCCGGGCGAGGAUCGAGGUUGUAAGAAAGCGAGCUGAUGCGAAGCAGAGGUUCUUGAAGGAGGAUCUGGCCAAGCUGCUGUCUAAUGGGCUCGACAUUAACGCCUAUGGAAGGACCGAAGGAUUUGUGGCCGGAAUGAAUAUCUUGUUCUGCUACGACUUUGUCGAGCAAUGUUGCGAGUACACGGCUAAGCAGCUUUUGAGGAUGCAGAAACAAGGAGAAUGCCCUGAGGAAUGUAGGGAGCCUGUGGCAUGUCUUAUGUAUGCUGCUGCAAGGUUCUCUGAUCUGCCGGAACUGCGCGAACUUAGGGACAUAUUUGAACAGAGAUAUGGAAAUUGUUUAGAAGCUUUUGUCAACCAGAAGUUUGUCGAGAAACUAGCUUCGAGGCCUGCUACUUCCGAAAAGAGACUCAAGGUACUGCAAGAUAUAGCUUCGGAGUUUUCGAUAAAGUGGGAUUCCAGGGGUUUUGAAAGGAGAAUGACUGCCCCUUCAGCAGUUGCACAGGUACGUUUGCAAAAAGUGGACGUAGUAAAGCAAAGUCCCGGGCUUUUGGAAGAGAGAAAAGGCAGAAUACGUGAAGGUGGAGCAGAUAACAACUCUAGACGAGAUGAAGCUUAUGAAGUUACUGAAUACAAGGAGAAGUCAGCCUUAAGGAGGGAUAGGAGAACUGACCUUAAGCAAUCAUAUCCUAUCGAGAAAGGUGACCCAAAACUUAAGGUGGAAAAAUCCAACACUCCACACCAUGAGAAAGUCUUUGCUGAUAGCAGGAGUGUCGCUACCAGACAUGCGGGCCCCAGCAAUGGUAUCUGUAACCCAAGCAAAGGAGAAAGCCAAAAAACAGUAUUUCGUGAAAAGGUGGUAGAGCUUGCUCCGAACCGUCUGGAACCUCUGGGAAGAACUGAAAACGACAUUCCCAGUUCUGCUCUCCCGCCACCAUAUGUCAAAUCAAAUGACAAAAAUAUCCCUCCUCCCCCGUAUAUGAAGACAAAAGAAGAUAAAUAUGGACACGAUAAAGAAGAUAAAAACGGCCAUGUAAAAGAGCCAGAGGCGAUUCCCCCCUUACCGAGACCACGGUCAAGUAGAAAAAAACACCACAAAUUGCCGAAUGACUCUACCGAUGAAGAGCAUGGGGCCGUGCUAGGCAGGAGAAGGGAACAUUCUAGAAAGGGCCUACAGAUAUUGUUUGACGAGGACCACCACCAGAGGAAGGAUGACGAGGAGAGGAUGAUCGAUAAACUUUUAAUGCAUUACAGCAAGAAGCCUUCGAGCUAUAAAGAUGCCGGGACUUUAAGGAAAAGAUCGCCUCGUAAAAAACAAAAUCCCGAUCUUGGCGAAUCAUCUGCUGCUGCCUAUCCCACAAGAUCUGUUUCUCUUCCUCACGAGCAGCAUCAUCAACCUACUUCACCACAACCUGAAAAGAAGGUCUUCACCCGUGCCAACACCUUCGAGCCGGAUCGUAACCAGGCACGCCAUGUGCACCCCAAGCUGCCCGAUUAUGAUGAUCUAGCUGCUAGGUUUGCAGCCCUCAAGGGUGGAUAA